UCUCCUUCAAGCAAUGUUCUGGGUGGCUGAGAGAAGGAGGAAGAUUAAACAUUAGACUACUGCUAAAAAUAAUUAAUCCUACAGAACAAGAAUCCGACAAUCCUAAGAAGCAGUUUUCUUAGCUCCAAUCACAUUCCAAUAAAGCAAAAUUACACUGAGGAGGAAAUGUAUCAGUACUAAUCAGAAGAUUGUUGCCUUUGUAUUGGUAACUGUGCCAGAUAUAUGGGAGAUUUCAAGAGCUUCAAUUCUAAUUCACAGGACAGAUCAGCUUAAGUGGAAGAAGUGUUGCUUAAUGUGUAAGACCCAGGACAUGCCUCCAGAGACACAUGUUAAUCAGCUGCACUUAUAUAAUGAAGCAGAUAUAACUUCUGACAGUAUUGGAUUUUACAAGGAAUUGCAAGAAGACUAAACAAGACUCUUUGCUGUGUAACUGAAUUUUCAAGAAGCUUUUAAGAGGAGUUUGACUUUAAAUGAUCUAACGUGUGUAGAGUCCCUGACUCAGUCGUACCCAGCAUGGGACAUGAUGACCACUCAGAGGCAUAAUGUUGGGCAGUUCCUUCCAGAUGUUACAGCCUCUGUAGCAGGGGCCAAGUAACCUUUGCAAUAGCUUACUUGAUUGUCCCAAUGGAAGACACAGACGUAUUCAAGGGAAACCUAUUUUUAUGGUUUUGUGCUUAUUACAACAGUGGAUCUGAUAUCAGUACAGGAGACCCCAAUAUUCAGUAGCAGUCUGGAUUGUCCGGGCUAAAGUGUCUCAAUGCCUUGAUUGUUCUUAAGAUGAAGGUAUGGAAGAGGACAGCUCCCGCUUUGAUGCUUGUCUGUGCUGUGUUGUCUAUACUCAUUUGCACAGAAGUCUUCUUCCGGAGCUGGAAAGCCAGCUCAACCCCCUCUCAAUCAGUCAUGGGUUCAUCACCAAAGAGACCACAGAGAUUUCCACGAGCUUUGGAACGCAAGCCACCUAUGAUUUCACAAUACACUGCCCUUUUCGAAAGUUACACUCAAGGCGAGAUACGAGAACUUGUUUCUACUCUUGUAGAGAGGUACAGUCAAUCCAUACACUCUGGGGAAGACCCAAAAAAUGUAGCCAGAAUGAAGAGAGCCCGUGCACGCAAGCAGCCUUGUACCAUAAAAGAGCUCGAAGUGAGAGUCAGCGAGCUUGGUCUUGGAUACAUAUCCGACGAAACAGUUCUGUUCCGCUAUUGCAGUGGUACGUGCGAAACUGCUGUACGGAACUAUGACCUCUCUCUUCAGAGCAUCCAAGGCAAGAAGAAGAUAAAAAAAGAGAAAGUAAGAGCCAAACCUUGUUGCAGGCCUCUUGCAUACGAUGAUGAUAUUUCUUUUUUGGACGCCAAAAAUCAUUACCACACCAUCAAAGAGGUAUCAGCUAAGGAUUGUGGCUGUAUCUGACAGGUAUGAAAACUGAAACAGCGUAUAGCUACUAGAGUAUAAAAAAACAAAACAAAAUAUAAGGCUUUAUCCUAUGGAGACAGGUGAUCACAUUUUUUAUUUCUACCUCACUAUAUCGCAUACAAUGAGAUAUGACUAUUAAAUAAAAUGGUUGAUAAUAAGUGACUAAAAGAACUAGAUGGAAACGAGAAGCUAUAGAGGUCUAUCUCUCCUGCAAGAAGGAUCUUAAAGAAAAUACAGGAUUAAAGUUCUGGCAAUGGGACAUAGUAUUAAAAUAUGAGGACAAAUGCCUGCAUCAUAAUUGUAUUGCAUGUGGACUGGGCUGAUACACUCAGAGUAAAAUAUUUAUAGGGUAUUCUCUGCUUCCAGUGACAUAUCUGUGUUCUUCAAACUAAAAAUGGAUUCAAUCAAAUGAAUUACGUACAGUUAAAUUGGGAUCUGUUUUUGUUUAGCUGGGGUAGGGAUCUCUUUACAACAAAAGAAGCAGUCACAGAAUAUCCGUGCCAAAAUGUAAGCUCUUACAUCUGCAACUUAUAACAAUUACUUUAAAGUGUACAUUAUCUCUUACUAUCACAGGUAGCCUGAAGGCACUAGGUUAUCAGCAUUAUUUGAUUAUAUACAUGUAAAUGUAUUUUGCCUGUAAAUGUCAUUGAAUGCUGAAAUAUAUGCGUUAAUGUAAUUUCUGUAUUGGUAAUAUUUAUUAUUAAAUAUUAAUAUUUAGUAUUAAAUAUAGUUCAGGAUCUGGUUAUGAAAUAGCAGUAUAAAAUAAUGACACUUUCAUUUAUAUUUAUUUUGAGUUAUAAAGAAAGUAUUUCCACUCAAAUCCUAACAUUGAGCCAUACUUAACUAAGUAAGCAGGAAUUAUAGCUUGAGAAGAGUUUAGUAACUAUGGCCCUGAUUUACUAAGAGUGGAGUGUAGUUUUCUUUGUGGGUUUUAAUUCCCUACAAUUUUCUUCGACAGUAUUUACUAACGUUUCCCUACAUUUUGCACUUUUCCCUACAUUUAGCUUUUUUUUUUUUUUUUUUUUACACAUGCUCGGAUCUGUAGGGUUUUCCUCAGCUGAAAUCCACCACAUUUUUGUAAAAACCUUAGUAAAUAUGUUGGGUUUUAUGAAAAUGUUGGGGGCACACCCCUUUUCUGUGGCCAGACCCCUUUUCCAGACUGUAAUUCCCCUUUUUCGGGUUUCUUCAGUAAAAUGGAGAGUUGGUUGCUUCUUUUUUUUUUCAUUUCUGGCGCAAUGAGACAGAAUCUUGUUUACAAUAGUAAAUCAGGGCCUAUGUUUUACUUUCUUACAGAGAUAUUGUAAAAUAAAGAACAGCGAAAGGCUGCGCACCUUGUGAAGCCCGCAAACAUAGACUUACCAGUAGUAUCUCAGUAAGAUGGCUCUAUACCAUGGAUAGUUGCGCUAAGAGCACACCUCUCCAUGUGUGUCAGGUAUAGCUGGUCAGCUGCCUUGUGGUCCCUGUGGAAUCAAUUGAAACUGGCCGGCGUAACAUCAACAGGAAUGACGUUAGAAACUCACAGGAAGAUGGGACAUCUGUCUGGGAGGUUCUCUAUUUGGGCAGUAAUAAGCCAAUGGAAAAGUGGAUUCAGCUCACAAGUUCAUGUGACAAGUCAAGAAUAAUAAACGAUAAAUAAUAAACAGGGUUUAAAAUUUGGCAACUUUGUACAUAUGAAAAUAUGUAUCGUAUUGAAUAAAAAACACUGGUUGUCAUCCUGUGACAUCACAUCACAUAGAAUGAUACAAUACUUAACAUUAUGAAUAAAAAGGACAAAUUACUAUAAAAAUGAAUAUACCUGGACAGAGGAAAUAAAACUAUUUCGAAGAUAUGUGUGAUGACUGAAGCAUGAUUAUAAUACCAAAGAAUUAUUAAUGUCUUCAGAGGAUUUUUAUUUCAACUGCUAAGGUAUAUUUAUUUUUAUAGUUUUUAUUAAUUUGUACUGUUUAUCCAUGAGAUGACGAUCAGUGAUUUAAUACAAUAUAAUUUUCAUGUAUACUAUGUUGCCAAAAUGCACUUAUUCUUUUCCUUUUUUAUUUAUUGUUUAUAAUUACAGACUUUUCACAUGAACUAGUGACCGAGAUAGACUCUCUCAUUUGCUGUCUUAUAUAAUGGAUUAAUUUGUCGUAUACCGUAUGCCUGAUGAGGAGCCCAGUUUGGGCUAGAAACACAAAGUGUGUAGCAGUGUAUAUAAUAAAGCCUUUUAAGCCAUAUAUACUAUUGGCUGAUUAAUGUCUGAUUGAAGAAGCGCCCCUACAGAUAUCCCAUCUUCCUGUGGUAGCUUCUCCCUGCCUACCAGCAUUGUCUCUCUCUGUUUGGGUAUAGAUAGUGACCUAUUAAUCAAGGCCAGCAGGAAAGGCAGAAGCCGCUAGGCACAGCCCCGAUGACUUGUGGUUUGAAAAUCAUGAAAGUGAUUACAGGUCAAUUUAGCUAAAAUGGCUGUUAAGACUUAGCAGAAAAUUCCAAUGUCUCCCUUAGCAUGUGUUCCCAUGUUCAGGUUUUUAAUUGUAACUAUUCAAUGCAGGUCAUCAAUGGAGGACACGUACCAAAAAAAAAUUUCCACCUGGAAAACACAGGCAGUGGACUUGCAAAUAGGGGGCGCCAGCAGAUAAUGACUGCACUAGGAAUACUCAGAAAAGGGCCGUCUCUAUAGAUGGCAAUGUAUAAACGAAUUCAUGUCAAUGAAGCCGGAAUCAGGAUUUCUUCGGCAGAUGUUUCCACCACGGAAAAUUCCGCCAUGUGCAGGGUGCAGCAGAAUCCCAUUGAAAGCAAUGGGAGUCUUCUGAAACAGAAUUUCCAAGCAGAAUUUUUCCGCUGGAUUCCGCUUGGAAAUUUCCUUGUGUGAACAUGGCUUAAGAUUACUCUUUUCAUGGCUUUGUAUUCAAUAAUUGCAAUUUAAAACAUGAUUGUCGUUUACACAGACAAAAGCCCAAAAUGAGCACUGAUCGAAUAUGUACAGUACAAGUGGCUCAUUGAAAGGACAUAUUAGACACACUGCACCAAUAAGGCUUUAUUCACACAGCAGAAUAUCUGCAUGGAAUUCCACAUGAAAAUUCUGCAUAAAUUUUUUACCAAUUCACUUCAAUAGGAUUCCGUUGUCUGGUUCACACACCAGAAUUCCUGCUGCAGAAUUUCCGCUGCAGGAAUUUCAUUGAAGUAAAAGAAUUUAUUAAUUUAUGUGGAAUUUACUGCAGAAUUUUCAAGCAGAAUUCCAUGCAGAAAUUCUGCCAUGUGAACAUAAUAUUAUUAGGAGUAAAGACUGUUUACUUACAUUAUUGUCCACAGCACAUCUAGGGGGAAAUCAUUAUCAUUGGUUUUACAUAGCUUUUUUGGUGCAUACAGUCUACAAAAUUUUUACACAGGUUUUUGUGUAACAGGAUAAAAAGUCCCAAGAUUUUGUUCAAUGAGUGGACCAUAGAAAAUGGUUUACUGAAGAUAAAUUUCAAGAGAUGUGUACCUGCACAAAAUUGAUAACAUUUCCUGUGACCAUUUAUCCUUGUUGCCCAUUUUGGUCUUGAGGACACAGCCAUUUUUAUCUAUAGCAUUUUGGUUUCAUCUUUUUUUCUGAUAUAUACGGUACAUUUACACUGUGUGGGAUCAGAAACAAUAUAUUUUAAGAGUUCAGACAAUUACACAUGUGGUAAUAUUAAAUAUGUUUAUUAUUUUUCUUUUUUUUUCUUAUUUUUUUGCAAAAUAGGAAAGAUGAGUGAUUUUAUUUUUUUAUUAGAGGACAAGCAUUUUAAAUAAUUUUAAAAACAGUUUUUUAUUUUACUCUUUUUAAGUCCUCAUAGUUAAUUAGAUUGCAUUCACUGUAAAAUGCAAUGCCUAUUGCAUAUCUUUAUACAGUGAGAUCGGCGCUCCACUGAUUCAGCCUGGCUGCGUCAUUGGAUCAGCAAUCCAGCAUCAUUAGGCAGGAAAGGGACCUUCCACCUCCAUUUUAGCUAGUCAGAACCCCGUGAUCGCAUCUUGGGGUCUGAUGAGCCCACUAAGUUAACUGGCAUAUCUAAUUUAAUGCUUUAGACACCAUGCAUGAUCUGCAUUGGUCACAGUGUCUUAAGGGUUAAUAAUAUGCAAUGGCAGGAUCACCACUGCUUCCAGUCAUUAGUGUUGAGUGUCCAGCUACUCAUAGUAGCGACGCUCAAAGCUAUUAGGCUUCCUCACAUUAUAGUUAAAUGUACGCGCCAGGGCAUACAUUUUGGCCUUGGUGUGUUAAGCCCCAGAGGGCAGGGACAUCUAAGAGUUAAAAUAAAUAGAGCACAUACCAAAAUUUUAAACCACACAAAACAAAGGUGUACAAAAACCAUUCACCAACAAUGAUAAAUUUACCCCCUAGUGCUGACAAGCGAUAAUCUAUAGAUCUGCAAUUGUAGGCUGACCACUGGGCCUUUUGUAUAGUGCAGCACUAUUCCUAUUUGGCCAGUAAUCACCCUGUGUAAAAGAGCCUUAAAGGGGUACUCCGCCCCUGGCAUCUUAUCCCCUAUCCAAAGGAUAGGGGAUAAGAUGUUAGAUCGCUGCG